UAACCCGAACUAAACCCGACCCAAAUCCGAUAAGAAGUAUGACUCGACUCAAGUAUGACCCAAACCUGACCUGCAUAGGUUAUGGAAUUAAUCCAAAUUGACUUGACCCGAGUUACCCGAUCCACUCUUACCCGACCCAAACCCUACCCGUUUAUCUGAAUUAACAGAUGUAGUUAAGAACCUCUUGAAGCUGAAGUCGUAAAAAGUAUUUAGCUAAAAUAAAUUUUAAUUGUUUGGGCCGCAACUUGGGUUUUAUAAGUAUAAUUAUAUGUCGGGCCUUGAUUCCUUCCAUUUAUAACUAACUUUAGGUUUUAUGUCAUGUAAUUCUCUCUGAUUUAUUUCCCUCCAAAAAAAAAAAAAAAAAAAAAAAAAAAGUUAAUUUAAAUAGAUGAAUGAGGACUUUAAGAUUAGUCGUAAAAAGCUGUUUCUACGAGGUUCCUUCCCUCCAUUGUUACGCAUUGAAGCUCGGAACCAUAGAAAGCACUUACGAUGCAAACGUUAUCCUAAGUGGGUAUACGAAACAUGGUCAUUUGAAGAUUGCACACCAACUGUUCGACGAAAUGUCUCGCAGAGAUACCGUUUCUUGGAACACCAUGAUUGCUGGCUAUGUAAAUUCUGGAUCUUUUGGUCUCUCUUGGGAUCUUUUAAUUGAUAUGAGACGGCGUGGAUUCGCGGCCGAUGAGUACACUUUUGGUAGUAUUCUUAAGGGAGUUGCUUCCAAUGGGGAGUUUAUUUGUGGGGAGCAAUUGCAUUCUAUGGUUAUUAAGGUGGGGUCUCAAUCUGAUGUUUAUACUGCAAGUUCCCUUUUGGAUAUGUAUGCUAAGUGUGGGAGGAUCGAGGAUGCGUAUUCGGUGUUUAAGAUUAUGCCUAACCGUAGUUCUGUCUCUUGGAAUGCUAUGAUUGCAGGGUUUGUGGAGCAAGCAGAUUUCGAGACUGCAUUCGAGCUUUUCGAUGGUAUGGGAAAAGAGGGGGCAAAGAUUCAAGAUGGGACAGUUGCUCCAGUAUUGACAUUACUUAAUGACCCUGAUUAUGUUAGGUUAACUAUUCAACUGCAUUCAAAAAUUAUCAGGCUUGGGUUGAGUACUAACAACAUUGUUUGCAAUGCUCUUCUUACGUCAUAUUCUGAGUGUGGUUCGUUGGAAUAUGCAGAGAAGAUGUUCUAUGGUGCCUUUGAUGUUCAUGAUUUGGUAACUUGGAAUUCCAUGCUGGGGGCAUACCUUCUACAUAACAAGGAAAGCCUUGCAUUUAAAGUAUUUAUUGAUAUGCAAUUGUUUGGUUUCGAACCUGAUAUAUAUACGUAUACCAGUGUUGUCAGAGCCUGUUUCAAAGAAGCACAUCAGCUGUAUGGAAAAUGUGUCCAUUGCUUGAUAAUAAAGCGGGGACUAGAGAGUUCCACAGCAAUAGCCAAUGCAUUAAUAGCUAUGUAUAUGAAGUCGACUGAAAAAGCUGUAGCAGAUGCACUAAGAUUGUUUGAAUCAAUAGACCCUAAAGAUUCCGUGUCUUGGAAUUCUGUUGUAACUGGGUUCUCACAGUUUGGCUUGAAUGAAGAUGCAAUUAAGUUCUUUGGAAAGAUGCGGUCACAUAAUUAUGGGAUUGAUCACUAUUCUCUUUCUGCGGUCCUGAGAUCUUGUGCAGACUUAGCAGCCCUGCAAUUGGGCCGGCAAGUUCAUGUUUUGACUCUUAAAUCUGGAUUCGAAACUAAUGAGCAUGUAGCUGGCUCCUUAAUUUUUAUGUAUACUAAAUGUGGCCUACUUGACGAUGCUAGAAAGUCUUUUGAAGAAACCCCAAAAGACAGCCCGAUUACUUGGAACUUUAUCAUUUUUGGGUAUGCUCAGCACGGGCAAGGCAAAAUCGCUCUUGAGCUUUUCCAUCAGAUGACAGAAAGUAAGGUGAAGCUUGAUCAUGUAACCUUUGUUGCAGUCCUAACUGCAUGUAGCCACAUGGGUUGGGUGGAAGAAGGUCGAAAUGUUCUUAAAACAAUGGAAUCAAAGUAUGGGAUUCCACUAAGAAUGGAGCAUUAUGCUUGUGCUAUUGAUAUGUUUGGAAGAGCUGGGCUCUUAGGUGAGGUGAAGUCCUUGGUCAAAUCAAUGCCGUUUGAGCCUGAUAUAAUGGUGUGGAAAACUAUAUUGGGUGCAUGUAGAAGCUGCGGAGAUGUCGAAUAUGCAACUGAGGUAGCAAAUCAUCUGCUUGAAAUCGCUCCUCAAGAGCACUGUAGUUAUGUUAUUCUGUCUGAGAUGUAUGUGCGUCUUAAGAAGUGGGAAGAAAAGGCUAAUCUGACACGGUUGAUGAGAGAAAGGGGGAUAAGGAAGGUCCCAGGAAGCAGCUGGAUAGAGAUAAACAAUGAAGCCCAUGCUUUUAAUGCCGAGGAUAAUUGUCAUCCCAAUGUCAAAGAAAUAUAUGAUACCUUGGAAGGAAUUACAAAGGAAAUUAAAAUGCUAAAAGAUGCCUCUAACUUAGAGAUUUCUGUUGAGGAAUGGGCUGUCCUUAAUGGAUGCUGUGGUUAAUUGCUGAUGACUCGCUGACAGUUCAAGCAUAUAUCGUGGACUUGGCAGCAAAGUGACAAUUAGAAAUAUUAGAGGAUGUGGAUACCCAAUUACACUGUUAUACAAUAUACAUUAAACAA